AUGUAUGGAUUUGAAGCUUUCUUCCCAUUCAAUGUCUACCGGCACUCCAAAACCUGGCACUACUGGAGGCUGUUCUUUGUGAUCAAAAUCUUAUUUCCCAUUUACCUUAACUCUUUGUCGGACUGCCCACCCACCUGCACCUGCUCACCCAAUGAGAUCUAUUGCAAGAAAUUGGACAACGGCAGUUUUUUAUCGCCUCCUACGAGCUCUGGAAAUAUUUCUAGGAGCGCCGAUGACCUUUUCCAGAACAUCACUUCAAUACGUAUUGAGAACUGGACUGGCGGCCCAUGGACAUUGACAAAUGCUGAUUUAGAAACCUACACUGGCUUGCAGAGGCUGACCCUGACAAGGAGUAGCCUGCGUACAAUCCAGCCAGGUGUUUUCUCCCAAAAUCCCCAACUAAGCUACAUAAACCUGUCCAAAAACCCAAUGCUGACUACAUUGCCAUGGCAGAUUUUUGAAAAUCUACAGCUCAUGGAACUACAUUUAGAAGAUACUAUCUUUGAUUGUGGGUGUGACAUCCGUUGGCUCCAACUAUGGCAAUCAAGAGGUGAUGUAGGUCUAAGUAGUCAACAAUUAUACUGCUAUAAUGGCUCGGAGAAGAUACUACUGCAAGAAAUGAACAUAAGCAAAUGCGACCUUCCGGGUAUCACUGUAAGCCACAGCAACCUCACAGUUAAAGAAGGUGAAAGUGUAACUACAACAUGUAAUGGCUCUGGAUCGCCAUUACCUGAAGUGACCUGGCGUGUUCCAGAUUUGCACUUAAGUGAUCCAGAAGAGGUCAGAAUCGACGAAAACAACACUGUUCAUUCCAUUACUAUCACUUUGGUAAAUGUCAGCAGAGAUGACAACAACUACCUGCUGACCUGUACAGCCACCAAUGUCGUAGGCAUGACCAACGUUUCCAUCCAGCUCAGUGUUCACUUUCGUCCUUCGAUUGUAAAGCUGAAGGAGCCGGAACGUCGACAUGACACAUGCAUAGAAUUCACAGUUAGAGGUUCACCUCUCCCAAAAUUAAGAUGGUUCCACAACGACAAGGAAAUAUCCCACACUGAUUAUUUGCGUCUUGAUAUGGCUAUUUACCAGGACGACAUUGAGGGAUGCCUUACAUUUAAAAACCCAACACAUUACAACAACGGCAACUACACUCUGGAGGCAAAAAACUACCUGGGGGUGGUCAACAGUACUGUCUACGGGCAUUUCCUAGACAGGCCCCACGAUGUUACAGAAAAUGAUUAUGAUUAUGCAACACCAACGGCAGAAGUUCACAACCCCCACAAAGAUUCUUUUAGGGUUUCUAUAGCAGUUGGACUUGCAGGGUUUGCUUGUGUGAUGCUCCUGAUUAUCUUCUUCUUGAUCAAUAAGUAUGGGGGAAAUUCCAAGUUUGGCAUGAAAGGUCCAGCAGCAGUGAUAAGUGGAGAAGAUGAUUCUACAAGCCCACAUCAUCAUGUGAAUCCAGGGAUUUUCAGACCAUGUACACUGGAUGGUGGGCUAGAUUCUGUUACAAUUGGUCUGAACAAGAUUCCCAUUAUUGAAAAUCCACAGUACUUCAGACACGGACACAACUAUAAGAAACCCAGCACCAAUGUUCAACAUCUAAAACGAAGAGACAUCAUUUUGAAGAGGGAGCUUGGAGAAGGAGCAUUUGGCAAAGUCUUCUUAGCAGAAUGCUACACUCUGUGCCCAAAAAUGGACAAAAUGCUUGUAGCCGUAAAGACCCUGAAGGACCCCACCUUAUCAGCUAGGAAAGACUUUCAACGUGAAGCUGAGCUGCUGACCAAUCUCCAACAUGAGCAUAUUGUGAAGUUUUAUGGAGUGUGUGUUGAUGGAGAUCCACUCAUCAUGGUGUUUGAGUACAUGAAACACGGAGAUUUGAAUAAAUUUCUCAGAGCCCAUGGACCUGAUGCCAUGAUCCUGGUGGAUGGACAGCCACUGCAGACUAAUGGGGAGUUGGGUCUGUCCGAGAUGCUUCACAUAGCCAGUCAGAUUGCAGCAGGAAUGAUUUACCUUGCAUCCCAACACUUUGUCCACCGUGAUUUGGCUACCAGAAACUGUCUGGUAGGGAAUGCCCUCCAGGUUAAAAUUGGAGACUUUGGCAUGUCAAGAGAUAUUUACAGCACUGAUUAUUAUCGGGUGGGAGGUCACACAAUGCUGCCUAUUCGCUGGAUGCCUCCAGAGAGCAUCAUGUACAGGAAGUUUACCACAGAAACGGAUGUGUGGAGCUUUGGAGUUGUUCUAUGGGAAAUCUUCACAAAUGGCAAACAGCCCUGGUUCCAACUGGCCAAUAAUGAGGUGAUUGAGUGCAUAACUCAGGGCAGGGUACUUGAGCGCCCGAGGCUCUGUCCCAAAGAAGUCUAUGAUGUAAUGCUUGGUUGCUGGCAGAGAGAACCACAACAGCGCCUUAACAUGAAGGACAUUCAUAAGACCCUAUUAUCACUGAUGAAAGCCGCACCAGUUUAUUUGGACAUACUUGGUUAAGACACAACAAGGUUCCUGGGGUUCACUAUUAUGGAACAUUUGACUUAUGGUGUUCCUUGAAGUUGUAUGUAUGUUUCUUUUUGAAAGUGCUGUUAUACCAUUGUAUGGACACCAUUUACAAAACUCGCUGAUUUUUAUCCAUGUAAUAAUAUACUGUAUUCCCUCAGAACACAGCUGUAGGUUUGACUUUAACACUGUAAUAAUUUUGCCCUGAUGAAAGCUUUAGGAAUUUAGCCUGAUGUAAUUGGAUCUUGAGAUUCAGAGGAAGUAUAAAAUAGCAGGGUUAAAACAUAAAAUAUACAGUAUAUGAUUUUCAUAGACUUCAUAAUGAUAUUGACUGGACACGGGGCCGAUUAAUAGGGGGCCUGCAUUGUUGGCAUGGCCGUCAAAGCUGAACGAGUUGAAUCACAGACAAAGAACUUUUUUCGGUGAAAAUUCUUGAAAAUAAAUGCUUAAAUCCUUGAAUUCUUUAUUGAUAUGGACAUAAAACAGUCUCGAUUCUUGGUUAAAAGCAAAAAAACGUGCAGUUAGCAUUUAUUUUACGUAAAUAUGUCAAAGAAUGAUGCUAGUCUGUUAGACAAUUUGCCAACACCCUUAAAAAAAAACGUUGAACAUUUUUGUGAAAAGACGAAAAAUGUAAUAAUUACCUUAAAUCCUCGAACAAAUCACUUCUGAGACCAUCCUUCCUCUUUGUAUGCGGUACAGCUUUCGUACUUUUUCAACAUAAAUCCGGAGUUGGAUCGCUGCAUGUGUCGCCGCGACCGACUGCGAAUAACUGAAGCGGAUUGUGGGAUGGCCCCCUACUUGAAGGCGUGGCGCAGUGAAGGUCAAAUCUUACCUGUCAAUAUCAUUAUGAAGUCUAUGACAUUUUAUAUGUUUAAGAAGGCACUCACUUUUAAAAAUCAAAAACAUAUUCAACUGGAUUUGGAUUUAACACUCAAAACUCAGAGACGCUAAUUAUGAUGAUAAUUAUUGGAAAACAUUUGCCAAAGGCUCCUCAACCAUACGCAGAGAUGCAUACUCAUUAGAUUGAUGGACGGGGCCAUACAGUCCUGGGCCGGCUCCCCCUUGAUUUUAAUGCAUCACACACCAAGGUUGUAGGAUGGAUGGGGCCUGUUGGGGGUGAGUGACAUCACGGUUACCUCCUUAUGGCAGGCCCCGCCAUUCUUGCACCUCUUUUAACACACCACAUACAUCAUAUUCCACGAGAUAGCUCCAGCAAGGGGCGGUGGGACAGGUGGCUGGGUAGAAUUUCCAUGCAACGGUCCCACUGCCCCAAGCAGGGCUCUCCUAUUUUAAUGCAUACACUGCACUAUCCUCCCCACACAUUCCCAGCACCUUGCUGGGUAAUGGCUGCCAGCCGGGGACCUGGCAGCCACAGUAAUAGGCUGGUAGGUGGGUCCAACACUUUUUCUCUAUGGCGUGGCUCCCUGGGCGUGGCCUCCUCUCUGCCUGGGCUGCCGGCUGGGGGUGGGAGGAGGUCGGGGCUCCUAUCUCACGUCGCUCCGCGGCAGCUCCUUGGCGUUCUCCUGCUUCUGCUUCCACUCUAUUCUCUGCCUGGGUACCCGGCCUGUGUUCUGGCGCGGGUCGCUGGCUGGAUGCCGGGUGGGUUGACUGGGUAUCGCUUGCUCCGGCGGGGGGCCCUGCCCUGGGCUUGUUGGGCCGUUGGGUGUCCCGCGGUGUGCCGUGCUGGUUGGGGAGGCUGUUGCUCGUGGGCACGGGGGGUGGUGGUGCCUCCCCUUAUCCAAUCCCUGAAGGCCAGUUGAUGAGGGUGCGGGGGGCCCGGCUGACUUUGUAUUGUGAUAAUCAAUGUUCAACAUCAUGUAACUGUGUGAGAAAAAAACGAUAUUCAGUCAUUUAAUAAUAACCAGGUCCAAGUUGGAAGGUCUUGAAUAUAAUAAUUGUACCGGAAAAAAAGCCCAAUACUGUGCACACUCUGCCCAGCAUUCAUUUUCUUUCUUCUUCUUUCUUUGAUAGAAUAAGAAAAAAAGGCUUAUUCUCCAGGGGAUGGCCCCGAGCGAAGAGCGGGUCAGAGUUUAUAUGAGAGAGUUCCUAUGCAAAUAAGCAAGUUCUUCCCAGUCACCAUGAAAUCAUAGGCAGUUGAAAAAUACAAAGUGUAAACAAUAAAUUCCUUUGUUCUCCUUAUCAUAUCUUUGAGGAGGAGAAUUCAAAUAUUUACAGAAAGUAGAAUGGCACUUUGUGAACAAGCAUGCAGACAGUAACAGAACAGCAAUGAAUGAAUAUGUAUGGUUAUCGACAACUAUACGUGAAUAGAUGAGAAUAUAUCUACACUUUCUGAGUACAAAAAGGACAACUUUGAUGUGACU